AUGUCUGCUUCUCCACCCACGUCGUCGACUUCGUCGUCGGCCGCCGGCGUCCCUCUGCUGAGUGCUGCCCCGUCGUCGACUUCGUCGUCGGCCGCCGGCGUCCCUCUGCUGAGUGCUGCCCCGUCGUCGAACUACAGCCACGGAGAUUGCACCGCCUGUCACUUCCUUGGUCGAUCUAUACCGGCCGCGGCUCCAUACUCUGGUUCGCAGUCAUCUCUAUCGGAACGCGCGCGCAUUAUCCAGGCUGAUCAAGUCACCGCGGCCCUCGAUCACGAGGUGCUGGAUCUCCGGGGCCGUCUUGACGUCGCCCAGGAUCUUCUUGAAGCAUCUGUGCAAGUCUUCAUCGAUCCAUCCAUGAUCGCGAUCUGGAGGUUCAACGCGUGCGCAACGAAGCCGACGGUCGUCUUCGAGAUCUCCAGCGGCCCUGAACACCGAACUGAUGCCGAUGAAGUCACUCCGUCCGCUGCAGCAUCGCCCUCUAACGUCGUCCCCAGUCAGUUGGAGAUCGCCCUCGGAGAUCUGGAUGAUAUACGAGCCGAGCUGGCAGAUAUCAAGGCUACCUGGACCCCUCCUCCCACUGCAUCGGUGACCCCAGGUGGCCGACUGUUGGCUGCCAGCGAAGCUGCCACUGAUGAUGAUCGGACUAGUGACUGA